UGUCAACCUUCAGCAGAAAAAGAAAAAUAAUGCUGCCGUUAGCUUUUUUUAAAAUAAAGCAGGCAUAUGAAAAACGUACAAUACAUGACAGGUAGUAACUACCACAUUUCAGGCUCUGUAUGUUCGAGCCAAAUGUUCAAGCGUUCCCGCGUUUCCAGAACAUUAAUGCCUACUGGAUGUCACAGGGAACUCCAUCCCCCAGGAUUCAGUGCGGUAUCAUUGCUUUUCUGCGGUUGGCGCGGUGGUUUUUCUUUUAAGUGGGUUUGGGGAGAUGUAGGAAACAGCAGUAAUAUUAACGCCUUGGCUGAACGAUAUGGCUAAAUACAAGCGUGAUGGUUCUUCAAGUUCGCUAUCAGAACCUGAACUGGACCCAGAUCCUCAGCGUUAUCCACCGCCUCCUCCUCCUCCUCUGCAAUUGCCACGCCUGGAGAAACCGCUGCGCCAGGCCUUCUACAACACCGGGGCUCUGGUUCUGGUGGGGCUGUGCUGUGGGGUGGGGGUACUCAUUUAUUUCAUCCUCGAGGCAUUUCUGCGCCCACUUCUGUGGGCUGUCCUGUGCGGCACCUUUUUGCACCCGUUCAAGAAUUCCCUCACGGCAUUUGGGCGUCGCUGGCUGCGUCGCCUCCGCCAUUCCAACACACCAAUAUUUUUGGCUACUUUCCUAUUGCCGCUGUCUUUUGCUAAUGAGGCCGCCGAAACCUUGGGCAAUGAGAUCGUGCGGCGCCGUCGCCUUCUUCUCCUUCUGAGUGCAGGAUGUCCGUUUUUGUAUGGACUCUACUGCGUCAGUACUUCCUCGGGGGUCCAGGUCGCUGUUGAGUAUUCCGCCAGCUUCAUUUGCCGAGGAUUAGACUAUUUCAGUAGCCGUUGGAUAUGGACCUUGAUAGCAGGCUAUCUGUUGACUGUGUUAUUCAGAUGGAACAAGAGCACGGAGCGUUACUUGAGAGCAAUCUCAGUUCCCCUCUGGAUUGUGCUGCUAUUUCAUUUGGCUUCUGCGGCAGGAUCUUGGAGAAUUCCAAUUGUUAUACUUAUAAUUGUCUUAAUGACAGUAGGUUUAUUUCAUGAGCAACCAAAUGGAAAAGAGCCUGCAGAGGCACAAGUUCUUGGUCAAGUAAUUUCCAUUGCAGCAUCUGCGGUCACGACGGUAAUCUCAGAUUCAUGUUAUGAAUCAAGUAAUGAAGACCAUCCAUUACAAACUUCAGAAAUUGUUCCCUUAUCACCAUCAGCCAAUGAGAAGAGCAGACGGAGACCUGAGAUUGCAGCAUUUCCUAAAAAGAAGAAAGCCAGUGACAUAUACUUUGUUCUGCUCGUAUGGAGCAUUGUGAUAGUCCAGAUUUGGUUUAAUUUCUGGAUAAUUCAAUUGCUCCCUUUGCCUUUUGCAGUGUGGGUUUUAAAAAAACUGUUGGUCCACUUUGGAGUAGUACAAUUCUCACUGACUUACUGCAGUAGCUACUGGCAUGUUCUGCAAGAAUUUGUGAGACAACGUCAAGAAGUUCUUGUACCACAACCAGUUAAGGGGCUUGGAAGAAUUAUUCUCAUAUUAGAUAGCAAGCUGAUCGUGUGGUUGGAAAAAAUCCUAGAUAAAAUCAUUAGCAUAUUCAUUAUAUUUGUGCUAGUAAUAGGCACCCUGUUGCUUGCGCUGCUCCUUACAGUACAGGUUCAUCAGGAAAGUGUACAUAUGAUUGAAGUAACAAGCAGGUUGAUUAAUGAAACAGUAGCCAAACACCCAGAAUGGGCCAAUUGGCUUCCUGAAGCUCAAGUCAUUCAGGAGGCUUUGAAUUCAGCUGCUAAUAAUGUUUAUCAGUAUGGGCGAGAAUGGAUAACACAUAAGCUUGAUAAAAUAUUAGGAGAAAAAGUACAUAAUACUGCUGUGAUUGAAAAACAAGUUCUGGAGCUUUGGGACAGACUAUAUCAUUCUUGGUUUGCAAAAAAUACAACUCAUUCUGGCCAACAAAAAAAUCACAAAAAGCAUUUAAAUCGUGAGCAUAGUUGGACAACUGACAUGCUUGAUUGGCAAGAUGUUGCUUCUUUUAUUCAUGAGAAUAUUGAAACAUUUGUUUCGAUCUUAGAAUCACUUUGGAUACUGAUGAGUCAUAAUGUUACCCUUCUUUUUACCACAGUUACAACUUUGGUAACAGUCCUUUUCCACAGUAGCACUGCAGUUCUUAAUUUUGUUCUUUCACUGAUUAUAUUCCUGACCACAUUAUUCUACCUUUUAAGUUCCAGUGAUGAAUAUUAUAAGCCAGUGAAGUGGGUGAUCAAUAUGAUCCCUUUGUUGCAGUCUGAUGCAUCUUCAAACAUAGUCAGUGAAUCUGUGGAGGAAGCCAUAAGAGGGGUAUUUGAUGCAUCUCUCAAAAUGGCUGGAUUUUAUGGCCUAUAUACCUGGCUGACUCAUACCAUCUUUGGUAUAAACAUUGUCUUCAUACCCUCAGCUUUAGCUGCUAUACUUGGAGUAGUUCCAUUUUUGGGAACAUACUGGGCAUCUACACCUGCAGUUCUAGAUCUUUGGCUUGUUCAAGGAAAAGAAUAUAAAGCUAUGCUUCUCUUCAUUUGUCAUCUAUUGCCAACUUACUUUGUAGAUACAGCAAUCUAUUUGGAUAUAUCUGGAGGAGGUCAUCCCUAUCUGACAGGACUUGCAAUAGCUGGUGGAACAUAUUACCUAGGAUUAGAAGGAGCCAUUAUAGGCCCCAUACUCCUUUGCAUUUUUAUGGGUGCCGCUAAAAUCUACAGUGCUGUACUUGUGAGUCCAACAAAUUAAUUACCUGCUCUAUUACAGCUAUAUAAGAACCUUUGGAGGUUCUUAAAUGCUUGAUCUUUGGACAAGUCUGAAAACACUGGGUGAGUUGUUUCCAAUCUUCAAUCAAUUCAAUUAACUGAUGAAGCAAAAUAGUUUAAUAUUGGAUUCAUUGAAGAAUAUGAAGAAAGUUGAUGAAGUCUUAAUAAUUAAAAUGGAUAUACACAUAACAAACCAAGAGAGUGAUGUGAAUAAUUUUCCUGCAUUGGAUUUACAAAACAGGCUUGUUAAAGCAUUCAGGAAUUUUGUGAGAAGGGACUCAAUCAAUCAAUCAAGUUUUAGCACGGAAGUCCCCCAAGCCCUGGGCCACAGCCCGCUAUCAGGUUGUGGCCUAUUUGGAAGGGCCAUGAGAGGAGGGCCAGUGCGUGUAUUCACAUGCACAGCUCCACUUGCACAAACAUCACCCCACAGGCUUCUCUUGUGAGGAGCUGUGCACAGCAUGUGCAUGCCAGCCUGCCACUUGUGCAGCCUUCGUCUCCCUUUGAUAUACACUUUGGUCAGAUAACUAGUAUCUACUACUGCUAGAUACAUUUCUGUGGUAUUUACUGACGGAUCUUGAUAUUGUUCCAACUACCCAGCUCUGCCUGUUUUUGAGUUUAAAUAUAUUAAGGACUCAUUUACACAGUGAUACUUGAAAAUUUGUGAAACCUUUUGAAUGUUUGAUACAAUUGGUAGAAGAGGGAGCACUACACAAUAUCUUACUAUUUAUUGCAAUACAAUGCCAAAAUAUUUGCUAUACAGAUAGUCCUCAAUUUAUAACAUAAAUGUUAGGCUCAACAAUUGAGCCUAACUUUUCUGUUGCUAGGUAAGAAAUUUGUUAAGUGAGUUUUGUCCCAUUUUACUUUUCCUGCAAUAUUUCUUAAAUGAAUCACUGCAGUUGU